UAUAAAUCGAUUAAGAUGUAUCUUGGUCAAAUGACUGAAAGAAUUUUGAAGAUUUAAUUAAAAUCUUUAUAAGUCCAUCGUCCAUGGAAUAUGACUUAAUAUGGAUUGUAUAGGAAUUACUCUAGCAUUUCAAUUAAUCGCAAUUAUUGGCACAACUGUUUCGCGAACCCUAAUACGUGGCACUGAUGGUAAUACUCACAACAGCCAAGAGUUAUUGACAUAUGAUAAAACAUCAGGAAGUGAUGGAAAGCUUUAUAAUAACUACGGAGAUAUAAUAUUAGCGAAAUUAAAACAACCACACAUGACAUACAAUGGUCCGGGUUCUAUUAACUUUAGAAUACUCAAGGAUAAUUUAGUAUGCGGAACUGAUGUUCAAACUUAUAUGGGUCUCCGUGAACUUAUAUCAGCUCAAUUGGAGCACCCGGCAUUGAAAGUGCUCCAUUCAGGUCCGUGUGUUUUUGCUUUCGACAUCACAAAAUCUAGGCGUUCUUUCGUCAUCGGUGGUGGUAUCGAGAAGCAAGAUGAGACAAAUCAGUAUUAUAAAAAAUAUGAUGAUUAUCUCCGUGAUCGUAAAGAUAGCGGCCCUAGAGUUGGCAAUGGCAGACCUGAUAGAUCUGGCAUUUUAAACAUGAGACCGAUUGAACCAGUGCUAAGCCCCGAAAAUCUUUACGUACGUAUGGAUCCGCCCGGAUAUACAAAAUACGCUGGAGCAGGCGGCAAUAAAAUAGACUGGUACAUUUAUGGAAACCGUGCAGAGGCUUACGGUACACCAGGAGGUGGAACAUAUGGGCCAAGUUUAGGUCAAUCACAGACCUCGAGUGGCUUAUCACCAAUAGGUUUCUCCGGAAUUAUUUUCGCUGCGCCCAUUGGUAUCGAACAAACUGGACAAGCAUCAGCAAAGAACAGACCUUAUACCCUAUAUCCUCGGCCUAAAAAGGAGGAGGGUGUAAAGAAAGCAAGUAGACUAAACAAUAUUGCUGAGGGAUUUACCGACAUGGCGGGCGGAGUUUACGGACUUGUUAAGGAUGCGGUUGGAGCAAUAGGCGAUAUGAUUAAAACGGAGAAAGGCAACAUAGGGCUCCAGGUGUCCCUACAAGAGUAGUGUUAUUGAACCACAAUUAAAUUGUGUAUUUAUUAUUUUGUUUUAAUUAUAAAGUUGCUUUUGUGUUUGUUUUUAUUAAUAGCUGCGAUGUGCAGUCCUCGAAAUUGCACGGAAACGGUCAGGGAACGUUUUCGGGAAUUCCCGAAAAGUCCCGAUAUUCUAUAUUCUCCAGUAGAUAUCGUAUAAGCAUAAUACACAUAGACUCAUAGCAUUGACAGUUGAUAGGCAACGAUAGCAUUUCCAAAGAUGGUUGACGUCAGGUAGCCAAACUAUAACAAAAAUCUAAUAAAAUACUUAUGUUUUAUGGACAAAUCAUAUACAUAGAGUUUUAGCUCCAAAUUGAGUUCGAGACUUGUGUUAUAGGAUACUAAUUCAACAAUACUAUAUUUUAUAAUGUAUACAUUAUAUAGAUAAACAUCCAAAACCCGGAUCAAUCGGAAAAAUAUUAUUUUCUAUCAUGACCAGACCGGGGAUCGAACCCAGGACCUCUCGGUUCAGUGGCAAGAACCUUACCACUGCGCCACCGAGGUCGACGUAAAAUGGGGCUAAAAAAAAUAAUAAUAUGUUUUAUAACAUAUACAUAUGUUGAUUAACGCAAGUCAAUUUGACAAAGAUCAUUUUCCAUCUUGACCCUAACCAGGGAUCGAAUCCGGGACAUCCAGUGUUCAUCAUUCAUCCAUCACUCCGGCAUGAUGACCAUUAGGCUACAGAGGUCGUCGGAAUCUAAUGCACUAUUAAAGAAAGAAAGAAAGAAAAAGAA